AUGUCUGCCAAUGCAUAUAGCACGGCCAACGAGCUUUAUCAGCGUCCUGAAUACCAUGAAGCCUUUGUAACGGUGGAACUUGGCUUGCAGGAGACCGGCAAGAGGACUGGAAACGCAGAGCAUAGGAAGAGUAGUAGGUCUUACCUGCUGCUGUUGCCACUUGCAUGA